UGGCGCGCGUGCGCGACCCUCCCUCCCCGGACAGAGCCAACCAAAGCGCCGAACAGCCGCACGCGGCUCUAGCGCACACACCAAGGCAGAAGAGAAACACUUCCUUUUCCGGGAGGAAGGAACGAGAGUUUUGCCUUAUGGCUGCUCCAGGAAAGGUUGCCGCUUUCCGUCUGCCUCCCCUGCCAACUAUUGGAGAGAUUAUUAAACUCUUUCGCCUUAAAGCACAGAAACAACUUUCUCAGAACUUUCUACUGGAUUUGCGAUUGACAGACAAGAUAGUGAGACAAGCUGGUGAGCUGAAAAAUGCCCAUGUUUGCGAAGUGGGACCUGGGCCAGGAGGAAUUACCAGAUCCAUUCUCAGUGCUGGUGUUGAACAACUCCUUUUAAUUGAAAAAGAUCCUCGAUUUAUUCCAGGAUUGCAGAUAUUAUCUGAAGCAGCUCCAGGAAAAGUGUGCAUUGUUCAUGGAGAUAUCCUGACAUAUAAGAUGGAGAAAGCUUUUCCAAAGCACUUGAAAAAGAACUGGGACGAUGAGCCACCAGAUAUACAUAUCAUUGGGAAUCUACCAUUCAGUGUUUCAACUCCUCUAAUAAUCAAAUGGCUUGAAAAUGUUUCCAAAAAGGAUGGACCUUUUAUUUAUGGCAGGACACAGAUGACAUUGACUUUUCAAAAAGAAGUCGCAGAGAGACUCAUAGCUAAUCCAGGGGGGAAGCAGCGUAGCAGACUGUCCAUCAUGGCUCAGCACCUCUGCACUGUUAAAAACUGUUUCGUAAUUCCAGGUGAAGCCUUUGUUCCGAAGCCAGAGGUGGAUGUGGCUGUGGUACAUUUUACUCCGUUGGUGCAACCGAAGAUACAGCAGCCAUUCGAGCUAGUAGAAAAAGUGGUUCGAAGUGUUUUUCAAUUUAGAAGAAAAUACUGCUUCCGCGGACUCGAGACCUUGUUUCCUCAAGAUGGACGUUUGAAAAGAACAGAACAGCUGAUGAUGACAGCAAAUGUUGAUCCAACUCUGCGUCCUUUUCAGCUCUCCAUGUCACAGUUUAGAAAUCUGUGUGAUACAUACAGGAAAAUGUGCGAUGAAGACCCAAGCCUUUUUGCAUACAGUUACAGAGAAGAACUAAAGCAAAACAAGAAGAUGAGGAAUUUACUAAAAAAUCAGCCUGAACAGACUGAAAAGUCCUGAGGCUUACAUAUUUGUAUGGCUGUGCAGGAAUUCUCUGGCUUCCACAAUGUCUGGCUGGCUUGGCUCACUAAUGUUACCCAAUCUUCCAGCCUCCAGGGAGGUGGGGACAUGUUCUCUCUCAUCUGUAAGGAGGAACAGAAACAUGGGGGCAUCGAAGCUGCAGGUGAACUGCGUGAUGACUCUGCAGAGCAGCCCUGGAUUCCAGAUCAAACUGCAGGGCAGUAUAGCUCUAUCCCUGCUCAUGCAUGCAUGUUUCCUUCCAAUGGGCAGGAGGGGCAGUGGUGUGCAGCUGAGUCUCAUCCCUACACGAAGCCAGGAUACAGCCGUAGGGAGCAUGGCAUUUACCCCAGCACUUCGCCUGCUGGGAAGAGUCUGGCAUGUAUGGAUCACUGCGGAGCUCAUCCAAGGAACCUGGGAGGUACCUCCUGUUGGUUCUUCAGUUAGAAGCAUCCCCUCCCCUAACCUGUCAUGCUUCCUGGAGAAUGAGUGCAACAGCCCUGAGAAAGAGAAACUUGCCUCUCGUCAACCUGGGUUGUUCAGUAGGUGUUUAUCCAGUGACAUUUUAAAGAAACAUAUUUUAAAGAAAAGGACAAGUUCCUAAGCUGUUUCACUGGAAGAUUUAAUUACUUAGGUAAUUAUUAAAUGAUUAAUUGUAUCUAUACUAUUAAAUAAAACUGUUGGUUGUAUGCUC